CUGUGUUGGAUUGGGUCCAACGAGUUGUCUGGCUGCCCCAAACGGAGAGGGACAGAGAAACAGCCGCAACUUACAGCGGCAGUCUCAUUCCAAGUGUACACCUCCCACCAGGGCGACCCAGCCUGAGCUGGGUAUAAAGAGAGGCUGCAGGCAGCAGAGAGGCGUCAGUCCCAGUUGUUAGUGCCUGGCUCUCACCCUCCCCCUUCUAACAGCUCGCCUCUUCAAAUCCUCCUGUCCCCUGCUGUCUCAGCGCGGAACAAGCUGCCAACACAUUCAGGGGAUCCCAUUGUCGUUUUGCCUCCGUUGGGCAGAAGGAGCCAGGAGAUCAGUUCAUGCCAACUCCUUAAAGAAACGAAACAAACCAAAGACCUGGAGGCGCCUUUCCGUCUCGACAGUGGGGGGUCGGCAGAGAUCUGGGGCCCCUCUCCCAUGGUGGUGCUGACAGGAGGAUGGGCUCUUUCCGCAGACCCAGACCUCGCUUCCUGAGCUCCCCGGUGCUCAGUGACCUACCCCGCUUCCAGGCUGCCAGGCAGGCAGCCCUGCUGGGUUCCAACCGAGCCUGGAACAGCGUCCACAAGGCAGUGAUCCGCGUGUUCCAGGGAGGAAGCUUGCAAGACAAUGAGCUGUUCUCUCUGAAUGAAAACAUAAGGCAACUGCUGAAGAGUGAAUUAGGUCCAUUCAUUACUGACUAUUUCCAGAUUUCUCUUUAUUUUUCUUAUUGGCAGAACCAUCUUCUUUCCAAAGGCUUGGUCUUGAUGGAAGAAAAAGUGCGAGUCUGUGAAGGUGAAAAUCUUUUGGAAGCUUUGACAAAUAGUUGGGAUAAUUUCUUCACUGAAAUCCUACCCAUGUUACAAGCCAUAUUUUACCCUGUGCAGGGGCAGGAGCUCACAAUCCGUCAGAUGGCCUUGCUCGGAUUCCGCGAUCUGGUCCUACUGAAGGUAGACCUGGAGCAGGUGCUCCACCAGCCUCACACUAGUGUGCCUCCAUCCAUCACCCAAAUGCUCCUAGUGCUUCAGGGAGCUCAUGAGCCUAAAGGCCCGAGUGAGGAAUACAUCCAGCUGGAGCGUCUGGUGCAGUUAGUUGUCUCCCCUUAUCUGGGCACCUAUGGACUGCUCUCCAGGGACAGGAAAGCUGUCGAUACAGUGCACAUACUUGGUCAAAGAUUUGCUGGACCUAGGUCAAAAUUGGUCGAUUUUAUGACUGGCAAGUGUGAAAUGAAUGCAUCCAAUGAGACUGUGUUGACGCCAUUAAUCGAGCAGGAAGGCGAGGCCUAUCUAGAGAAAUGUGGGAAUGUCCGACGUCACACAGUGGCCAAUGCACCCUCAGAGCUUCAGCUUUUGGCUAUGACCUCCAUGUUGAAUCCCGGAAUGGUGGAAGAACCGGACACUGAAGAGGAAUGUAUCCUGAUGCCAACUGGUCACAGACACUAUUCCAGCGAACCGAACAUCCCAGAACCUCAGUCUGAGGUGAUGGGAGUCUCACUGCAAGAGUCUUCUGACAUUAAGUGUACAGCGCUCGGCUAGACCACAAAGCCACCGCUUUGUUUUUGGCACAGUGUUAGUAUUCACAGAAGGAAGGAAUCCCAUUACCCUACAUGAGUCCGAUCACAGAGGGUCAAACGAUGAACAGACCCUCAACGGCCGAACUUCAUUCAAGCUGGUUAUGUGUGUCGGACUGGACCUCUGACCCAGGUCCUUCCUCUUAUCAUCUGAACAUACCUCAGAAAUCACGGCACAGAAAGGAUGUUAGCGUGUUGGGACUGGGUUACAGAUGCCCCGGUAAAAUUAAAGUUUAAAAGAUGAGUGUGGCAGUACGUUUGCACUGAAAGUAUCUAAUGAUUGAGACGAGUUCUGAACAUUGUUGCCUGAGAUUGCACUAUACUUGUCUCAUUGGUUAAAUACAGCCUAUCGAUCUUGUCUCUCCGAAACGUCGUCACAUCUGUUCACCAUCGAACCUGUCUUUUACAGGCAGCUUGGCAGAACUGACUUUCAUAAGGGGAUUCCAAAUCAAUGUGAGUUCCAUAAUGCUGGGGGAGUGCUCCCUCUAUGCACUGUGCGCACUGAAGUGAGUGGUAUUCCUCGUACUUUUUGAGGAGAUCUUGAUUAUUUGUUUACAUGUAGCACCCUAAGGAAACUAGGAGCUGUGCCAACCGUCCCAGUGUGUCACAAACACUUCGCAAAAUGCACAAGUAAUGGAGGGGGAAUGCCAACCCGUCUGGUUAGAUGUGUAAUUUGGAGGGUACUGGCAAUACUGGAAUAAUUCCUAAACGGCAAGCUCUUUAAAAUUAGCUCACUUCACCUCACAACCGUAGUUUUAACUCUGAACACACUGACCCACUGCUCUGCCGAUUCCUUCACAGAUGCUCUCUUCAAACCUAAUUUCAGGUUUCCUUUUAUGUUUUUUUUUUAACGAAUAAACUGUGGAUUUUUUUUUGUUGUUUUUUUUGGUGUGGUCGUUCAUUCAUCUGUUGCCUCCCCGAAGGUGGAGGGAAAUAUAACUCUCAAAAAGGGUGGGGGGGGGGGGGCGGCCUCACCACAUCAGUGGAAGGCAAAGUGAAGAGGUUCGGAAAAACAACGAUACAAAUUAGCAGCAGCUCACCCCCACAAACUGCGCGGUGCCGACAGUAAGAACAUGACUUCAUUGCUCACCUCUUAAGCCCACUGGUGAGAAGACUAGACUUGCAUAGUCACGUGCCAACCGGCAGUGAAGGAAACAGAUUUCUUUUCAGUGGGGGAUGAAGGGAAAUGGGGACGUGGGGAGGACAGUAGAGGUGAGGCCGCGAUCAUCAGCCAUGAUACUAAUCAGUGGCCAGCAGGCCCCAAGGGGGUGAGUUGCCUACUCUCGCUCCUGCUUCUCCUUCUUACUGGGGACGUUGAAGGGGUGCUGAGGGCAAAUGAGCUUCCCUUACAUGGGGCAUGGGGAUGGUAACACCAGGAUUAAGCAGGCUAGGACCAAGGUCCCAUUGGAAAGGAGUGCAAUCAUAAUAGUGUUCUGGAUUGAUAUGGCACCUUUGGUGUAAUAAAACACUCAAAGGCACUUUGCAGGAGCAUUAUAAAACUUAAGUAUCACACUGAACCAUAAAAGGAGACAUUAGGGCAGAUGACAAAAAAAGAUUGGUCAAUGUGGCCGUUAAGGAAUGUCUUAAAGGAGAAACGUGAGGUUUAGGAAGAUGUCUCCAAAACAUACGGCCUAGGUAACUCUAGGCCCAGCCAUGAUGAUUGGGAAUGCACAAAGGAGCAGAGUAAGAGGACGCAAUGAAUUUAAACUGAUACAUGGGAGGGAGGGUGGAUAGCCUCAAUUGGAAAAGUAACAUAGCUAAACGUUUGAGAAGAAAUGUAAGAGAAAUGGGACUACAUUAUGAUUUGGAGGUGCCAGUGUUGGACUGGG